AUGUCAGAUCGUGGUUUGGACUUCAUACAGGAAGAAAUUGUAAAAUUGACAGGAAAAGACUAUUUCAUUACUCAAACUGACAGUGCAAAAAGACGAGCUGCAUUGUCAAAGAUAGAACAAUAUUGUUUUAAGUUUUGGGAUGGCUUAAAUUAUACAAGGAAUAACAAUAAUGUAUUCUGCAAAGGUUUAGUGAAAUCUCUCGUCGAAUCUUUGCAAAGGAAAGUCACGUUUGCUACAGGUAUGCAUUUCUUUUAUUCAUCUUUAUUUUCUUGAUGCUAAAGAGAGACUAAACGUGUUUUAAAGGUUUUUUGAAUUACGUACAUCUUCUAAAUUUAUUCACAAAGUUAGUCUUUGUGUUUAUGUGAUUUGAGGAUGAUUCGAUCGGCUUGUUUGACGCCUUUUGUUGUCAGACGGGUCAAUAUAGUCGGCCGGCCCUAUUGUAAAACAAAAAAGUAGCAGAUUGCGAAAUCAAACGAGAAAUUUCCGAACUUUGACAAGCUUCGUGCAAGAGAAUUACAAAAAAAGAGAAGGAAUUUGGUGAAAAGCGAAUAUGAAUCGAGAAACGUCACUGAAGAUAAUAAACAUGUAAAAUCGCUAAAACAGAUAUGUUUAAAAGUAAAAUAAGGGUAUUGUAGGUUAUUUAAAAAUAUAAAAAUAGGCUUCACAAUAUAUUUUAUCGUAAUAAUUAACUGCAAACCAACAAUAUUUUAGCGCAUAAAUGGUUUGGUGGACUUUCAACUUUUACUUCAGCUCAAUGUUCACGGUGGACGUUAGAGACAGCUUUACCAUACUGGAGUUCAUUGUUAACAUUAUGUGGAGCUGGUGUUGUGUCAAAUGAUAUACUUCAUAAAGUGUUGACAACUUUAAUAGAUGACUUUGGAACAGCUGAAGGGUUUGUAGAAGUUCUGAUGGAAUCAGAUGAAAGGCUACUGAAUGUUCUGCUGGCUCUGCUUGUUUGUUUUCGUCAAGGAGAGUAGUAAGUCUAUGUUUAUAUAUUAGUCGAUCUUGAUUUAUAAUAGUUAGUUGAUUUUAAUAGUGUUUCAAACUUAAAAUGACAUUUAUGUGUGUUAAAUAAUAAAAAUGCGAGUUUUUAGUGAUAACGAUGAAUUUUGGAAUCCACUGACAUUACUUUUGACUACGUUAAUUAAACUGGAUUUUCCCGAAAAUGUAAAUUUUAAACUUGGAUGGGUAAUAUGUUCUAUAUUUAAAGAAGAAAUGUCUGGCGUAUUUUACUGUACUUAAAAUAAUUUCAAAUUCAGAUUUUUAUUGAGUGGUUAUCAUCGGAAACCUGUGCUAUUUUGUGUAUAUAUCGGUACUUAAAAGAGUGCCAAAAUGUAGAAGCAGUUCAAAGGACGUUACGAAGCUUAUCUUCUGUUUCUUUCACUGUGGAAGAAAGGGAGUAUCAAGAAAAGGCCAUCGAAACAUCUGUAAAUACUAGUGUUGUCAUAACAGAGCUUCAUGGAGAUUGUGCAGUAGAAAAGAAAAUGAUGUUUGAUAAGAAGUACAAGGUACGUCGAGUUGUUUUUUCGAUAAUUGAUAUUGUAGUAGGUCAACUGUUAAGGAUUACAAUUUUUUUCUUUUUAUAUUAUAAUAGGUUAAUUGUUUAUACUUUAAGUUUUUUAACUUUUCUGUUUAUGUAACAGUAAAUUUCAGGUCACGGUGCUUAAAAAGCAAGUCAAUUAUAGUUACGGAGGGUUGGUCGAUAGUUUUAAUGGCUUUAUCAACCGAUUACGAGGGAAUUUGGAGAGAAUCAACCGACAUAACACGUUGUCAAUGAACAUUGGUGGGCUUCUGAAAGUUCUGAACGAUGUACACGAUAUAGAUCUCUAA